AUAAGGUUUGCCUCCACGCUUGUCCCAGACAGAGUAUAUACAUGCCCGCGUUGGGGAAACACCAACACUCAGAGAAACUACAGAAAUUGUGGACAAACACUCCCACCGGAUUCUUGUAAAGAAGAGUUGGAAAUAUUUCUUUGAAGCUGACUGAAACAAAAACACUGUGAAUAGUCAGUGUUGAUUCUCGUAUCGAAAGAGCGUUUUGAAAACUUUGGCUGGGACUUUUUGGGACGUCAGCUGUUAACCAGGAAGUCGUUUAUUUGAACUUUUUUUCGGUUUCACUUCUAUGUAUACGAAGAUGGAAACUACUUUCUACGACGAUUCGCUCAACGGUGCCGGCUACGGGUACAGCGGCUCCAAAGCGCUGAAACACAACAUGACGCUGAACUUGUCCGACCCCGCCGGUAGCCUGAAGCCUCACCUCCGGGCCCGGGCCAGCGACCUGCUCACCUCCCCGGACGUGGGCUUGCUGAAGCUAGCCUCUCCGGAGCUGGAGCGACUCAUCAUCCAGUCGAGUAACGGGCUGAUCACCACCACGCCGACGCCGACUCAGUUCUUGUGCCCCAAGAACGUCACCGACGAGCAGGAGGGCUUCGCCGAGGGCUUCGUGCGCGCACUGGCUGAGCUCCACCACCAGCACAUGCCUGGGGUGAGCGUCCCCUCGGCGGCGCCGCCGUCCGUAGCCGGGGUGGCCGUGUAUAGCGGCAGCAUGCGCUCGGACUCGCCGGUUUAUGAGGAUUUAAACACUUUCCAGCCUGCUAUCAGCACCGUGUCGUCUCCGAGUUACACCACAUCGGUCCCGAGUUACACCAGCACGGCUCUGAGCUAUAGCAGCACGGCCCCAAGCGCGUCCUUCCCGAUUUACGCCCAGCCAUCCUCUUCCUCCUCCUCUUCAUCCACUUCCUCCUCCCAUCUGCCACUGCUCGCCACGCUCAAGGAGGAGCCGCAAACAGUGCCCGAGAUGCCGGGUGAGACGCCUCCGUUAUCCCCCAUCGACAUGGAGAGCCAGGAGCGCAUCAAGGCCGAGCGCAAGCGCAUGCGCAACCGCAUCGCCGCCUCCAAGUGCCGCAAGAGGAAGCUGGAGCGCAUCUCGCGGCUGGAGGACAAAGUCAAGAGCCUCAAGUCGCAAAACUCUGAACUGGCGUCUACAGCUAACAUGUUGCGAGAGCAGGUGGCGCAACUUAAGCAGAAAGUGAUGAACCACGUCAACAGUGGAUGUCAACUCAUGUUGACGCAGCAGCUCCAGACCUUCUGAGGAGGAAAGAAGACUUGAAUUGAACCCCAAAAAAUCCUGGUUCGGGAUGAAGUGGCGGCACACUGGCAGGAAGGACCGAAGGGCCGUGCAAAAAAGAACACAUAAAAAAAGUAGCCCAGUGCCAUGAGGUUGGUCCCGGCGAGGGCUGCUCUGGACACGGCAACAAAACAGAAUUCCAUUCUGUUUAGUAGCCAAACUGGACAAGAGACUUAUUUUUCUUGCUUUGGAUCUGUGGAGAAUACAUUCAGUAUUACUGACUUGAUAUGAACCUGCAAUCAUGCAAAUGACUUGUUUUCUUGUUGCAGCUCAUUCUAAGCAUCUGGACACAAGUUCUUGGGGGGGAUACGUUGUCUGACUUCUUGAGUUCUGACACAACUUUUUCUUUAUUGUAAGAAGUUAGAAAGAAAAUUCAAGAUUGACUUUGUUUAAUGGGGUUUCACUCAUUGCUAUAUGUAUAUAAGAUCAACUCGGAGUACUUAUGUUUACCAUUUGUAAUAAGUGUAAUUUUUUUUUUUAUGUUUGGAAGUCAUCCAUAUUUAAGAAAAUAAACUGUCUAAAAUGAA